CGAGAGAGCCGCGUUAAGAACGCGGUUCCUUCUGAGUGGGCGGAGCGUUACCCUCCGGGAGGUAGCUGACGUGGCUCUUUGGGAUUGGCGCAGUGGGCGGCCAGAUCGGCUUUGGCUCCUACUGGAAGGAAGACGCAAAAGGAGCAGGUUUGCACCAAUGCAUGGGACAUUUUAUGCUGGGCAUCCAAGAGGUGACAGAUACCAGAAAGAGAUUUAUCCUUUCCACUGGCCAUCUGGCAAUCACGUUUCUGGUCCCCAGUUCAGAGAUCGCCUGUGACUGUGUGGGAAGGAGCCACAAGAGAGGAAGGAAAGGAAAGGAAAAUUUUGGGGAGAAAGAAGAGAGCAAAAAGGAAGCAGGAAGAAGGCUGAUACUUUGGAAGUGGGAGAAAAAGGAGGAUAAAGGAAGCAACAGAACGGAAAGAAGAGGGUAAAGGUUGCAAUGUCUCACGGCAUCUGUUCCUGGUCCAUUGCGGUGAAGCUGAAUUUGGUGGUCUUGCUGCUUUUUGUAACAAGUUUCUCUUCAUGUAUAAAUGACAGAGUAGCAGAGUUUGCGUUGACGACAAAAGAAGAGAGUGAUUUAAAUGAAGAGAACAGAAAAGAAUUGGUGGAAGAGGAGGAGCAUCUAGAUUCCGAAGACCUGGAAGUAUUUUCCCCAACAAAUCAGUGGAAGACAGUCUUGCCUGGCCAGGCUAUUCCUGCAGGGUUACAUGUGCAAUUAAAUCUUCAGACAGGAGAAAAAUUAGCCAAGCUUCCAGAUAACAACAAUGAAAAAAGUGACGUGAAAGACACUCCAAAAAGUAAAAGGCUGGGCCCCAUAGAUAUUGACCCAAGUUCAUUUACAAGGCAAGAACUGAAAAGGGCUUUGGCUAAAGUGAAGGAAAGCAUGAAAACAGACGAUACACUGGAACAAAAGGCUCAUCAGGAAGACGUCAGGAAAAGGUUCCGUCCCAUUGAAAAGCUCAAGGAAGAGUUCAGAGAGCUCAAUCUGCAGCUAGAAACAGAUUUUGACAUUAUGUUUAAAUUAAUCAGCAAAUUAAACAGUUCUGCUUCAACGCUGGAGGAGAAAAUAGCAGCACUUUACGAUCUUGAAUACUACGUUCAUCAGGUGGACAAUGCAAAAGAUUUGCUUUACCUUGGUGGGCUACAACUUUUGAUUAAUGGGCUAAACAGCACUGAACCACUGGUGAAGGAAUACACAUCAUUUGUACUGGGAGCUGCAUUGUCUAGCAAUCCCCGAGUUCAAGUUGCUGCAAUUGAGGGAGGAGCUUUACAAAAACUGCUGGUCACUUUGGCGACAGAUCAGCCUCUGGCUGUGAAGAAGAAGGCUCUCUUCGCGUUGUCAUCCAUGUUGCGACACUUUCCAUACGCCCAGCAGCGGUUCCUCAAGCUCGGAGGCCUUCAGGUGCUUAGAAACCUCUGUUCGGAGAAAGGGAUGGAGACAUUACACAUCCGCGUUGUGACGCUCCUCUACGAUUUAAUAGUAGAAAAGCUGCUGCUCACGCAUGACAAUGAUACUCAGACCCGUGAGAUCACCCAGCAAUACAGCCAAGUGAACUUGGUCCCCGCCAUCGUUGAACAGGGCUGGUGCACCAUCAUUUCAAACCUCCUGCAGAUGCCUGAGCAUGACACCAGGGAAAAGGUUCUGAAGACAGUGCACGUGCUGCUCGCCUCCUGCAGGGACAGCUACACAGGGGAUCAUGACCUCGGCCACACGCUAAACCUACUUCGCCAAGAAUAUGAAGACUUGGCAGCAGAAGAGCAAAAGGAAGGGGACGAAGAUGGCUAUUUUAAGGAACUCCUUAGCUCUAUAAAUAGCAUUGCCCAGCAGCUAAAGUGAAGGCUGCUGUAGCCUUGGAGAGAUGUAAAUGAUUUCCUGGUAAUCUGGAAAGAGUUACACCUAAUAAAACCAUCGAACAAA